AUAAUAAUAAUAAUAAUAUAAAGUGUUUAUGAAAUUAAUUAUGGGAUAUUACAUUACAUGCAUGAAGCCGCAAGAAAACCAAAAAGGCAAAAAAGAUAUCAUGCAGAUCUCAAUUAAAUGGAGGUGAAUCAGGGUCCGGCGCCGGAAACUCAACAGGAGGGAGGAAAGGAAGCGGCGGUUGCUCCUCCACUGUCGGCGGUGCAGUUAUAAACGGUACUGGCUGCACCGGUGUAUCUGGUUGAUUAACCAAUGGCGGGGGGUAGAAGUCCGGUGCCUGUGGGAUCGGAAACGUCGGAGUCUGAACUACACCUGGGUCUGUUGCAGGAGGGUUCAAGAUGGGAGGCGGAAAAAAUGUGAAUGGAAAUUCAGGUGAAAGUGGCGGAGUUUCCGGGGACUCUUCUGGCGGAGUGAAUAUCGGGAGAAGUGGUGGUGCUGGUAGAACCUCUUCAUCUGCGGGCGGAGAAAACACCGGUGCAGAAUCGGGUAGGGGUGGCGGGAAAAUAAGGUCCGGCAAAGAUGGCGGAGAGUCUGCGUCUGCGUCAGGCGGGGUUAACCACGGGAAGACUGGUCCGUCAUCCGCCGGUGGCGGGAACGAAACCAACGGCGGCGGGACCGAAACCAGCGGUGGCGGGUAUAUUAUAGGAAGUACUUCAGGUGGCGGAGGUGAUGAUGGCUUGGGUGGCGGAGGAGACGGGACCAAUGGGGGUGGAGGAGAUGGUGGCGGAGGUGACGGGACCACAGGUGGAGGGGAGGUUGGUGAUGGCGAAGGGGCUACAGGCGGAGGAGAAGAUGGAGGAAGCGGGGGCGGGAAAACUACUACUGGAGGAGGAGAAGGUAUUAAAGGUGGCGGGAAGACUACUCGUGGAGGAGAAGGGAGCAGUGGUGGGGGAAAGGGAAUGCGCGGCGGAGGUCGGCGGGGCCUUGGUUGAAAAGGGUUGGUAGGAGAAGUGCGUGGAAAGGGCCAUUGGCCACAGCUUCCAAAAAGGUA